CGAGCCCCGCCCGUCGGGUGUCCCCGGCCGCCCCCGGCAGCCCCCGCCGCCCGCACCAUGUCCGACGCUCCCGGCAUCCCCGCGGAUGUCUGCAGCCUCUUGGCAGAUGUUGAAACAUUUGUUUCCCAAACACUAAAAGGAGAAAAUCUACCCAAGAAAGCAAAAGAAAGAAGGGAAGUUCUUCUUAAGAAGAUCAAGGAUAUUAAGGCAAGUUAUCCUCAAGAAUUCCCGGAGAAAGAGCUGGAAGAUGAGGAAGAGUCUGAGAGCUCUCUUUCUUCACCUCCUGAUAGCGCCUCAAUAGCAUCUGACCGAUAUGAUAAAGAGGACGAAGCACCUUCUGAUGGGAAUCAGUUUCCUCCGAUUGCAGCUCAGGAUCUUCAGUUUGUUCUGAAGGCUGGAUACCUGGAAAAACGUAGAAAAGACCACAGUUUUCUUGGCUUUGAAUGGCAGAAGCGUUGGUGUGCUAUCAGCAAGACAGUCUUCUAUUACUAUGGAAGUGACAAAGACAAACAACAGAAAGGUGAAUUUGCCUUAGAGGGCUACACCAUCAGAAUGAAUAAUAGCCUUCGGAAGGAUGCAAAGAAAGAUUGUUGUUUUGAAAUCUCUGCUCCAGAUAAGCGCAUUUAUCAGUUUACAGCUGCUACUCCCCAAGAAGCAGAGGAAUGGGUACAGCAAGUCAAAUUUGUAAUUCAAGACACGGAAUCUAAUGCCAUUCCUGAGGAGGAAUAUGAUGAUGUUGGACAAGUGAGCAGUGAAUUUACAGAUGAUAGCAUUUAUGAAGAAGUUAACGGAGACCAUCUUUCUUCAGCAGCUGAAAUGCCAAGCAAUGAGAGCCAGGAUGAAGUUUCCACUGCUUCAGAUGGCGAAAAUAUCGAUUAUGCCAAUUUCUAUCAAGGUUUGUGGGACUGCACAGGAGAUGAAAGUGAUGAGUUGACCUUUAAACGUGGUGACGUUAUCUACAUUAUCAGCAAGGAGUACAAUAGAUUUGGCUGGUGGGUAGGAGAAAUGAAGGGAACCAUUGGCUUGGUGCCUAAAGACUACGUAAUGGAGAUGUAUGAUAUUUGAGAGGCCUGGGAGAAAUCUGCACUUGAAAUGAAGAGUGGUGUGCAGCUGCAGUUUACAGACCUGGCCUCUGGAAGAAGAUUCUGCUGUACAUGUUCUGCGGUUUCAGUGAAUGUAGUCAGAUCGUUGCCUUGUGUAUAUUAAACAUUAUAAACUGUAAUUGGUCAUAACUUUACGGAAAUAUUCUUCUUAGCUACUUUUUAUAGAAUUGUAAUGUUAGAAUUGUAAUGUUAGGAAAUUAAUAGAUGGUAAUUAACAUAUGGGGCACAAGCAACCAUGUAGUUAGUGCCUGUUGCUCUUUUUUCUAAUAUGUUAGCAGCACUCUGUCUAGCUGUAGGUUUAUGUUCUAUUUUCCUGUUCUGCAUAUUCAGAAAUUUAAGCAGAGCUUUGAGGGUAAACUAUUAUUCAAUUCAUGCAUGCAUUAACCUUUUAAUACUCACUGUACAUCUUGUGCCAUUUCAUCAGAAAGUUGAGGGAAAUUUAUGUAUAGUAUUUCAAGUCUUCAGGGUAUUCUGUUUCUAGAUGUUUUAAAGUUAUGCUUUAGCCAAUGAUUAUUUUUUCUCAUAUAUUUAGUAUUGUAUUGUUAAUUACUAUUUUGUUGACACACAAUAAAGACUUGAUUCUUUUGCUGGUGUAAUAAAUGGGCCUGUAAGGUACUACUGCCAUGGUACCAUUCUGACUUGGACAGGGUAAUUCUAUGAAAAUUUGUGAAAAUAUGUUAACCCUGAAAAUUUUUGCUAAGUCAACAGAAGCUAAAUUGCAGGUAAGAAUAUUUUUGUCCGUGGUAGUGUGAAAUACUCUAUCUGUACCUUACAGAUACUUUUGCAAAGUCAAAUCUGGAUACCUUGCUAGUAUGUGGAAUUCUGGUACAGGUUGUGCAGCAGAGAUCUUCAUCUUCACCCUGUGUGAAUUAGCAGCAGCUACCCGCAUUCUUGUGUCAAAGCCAGAACUUUGUGGCUAAUAAAAAACAUUGAUUGAAA